AAGUAAACUCUUCUUAAGAUUGUUCAUGCACUAUGGAGUUACCUUUGUUAAAUAAUUUCUAACAGGCAUUUUUACAGAACUAUAAAAAAUAUUAUAUCCGGCGAAAUACCCGCGAUACGUGAUGGAUAAAUUAAGCAAAUGACGUUGCCAGCUAUACAAACUCAUUAGUCAUCUAUGCAAAGUCCGCCUACAGUUGAAGACCUAAACAUUCUUGCUAGCUAGCGGUUGCCUUGUUUUCAUACACCAUCAGAACAAAGCUAAUCAAUACAAAAGUUGUGCUGCCUUUAUUGAAGGAGUUUUUAAUGCAUUAUGGCUCAGUGGCAGCCUAUCACAAAUCUGAAAGGUUUAUUUGUACAUCACCCUCCUGUGGCUAUGUUUUUCUUGUGCCUCCUGGUACUAUCUGGAGCGUUUAUUAGUAUUGGGAUAUACUCUGAGAACCAUGACAUCAAGAACCCAGACAUCACAAUGGACUGGAACCAGAUGUUGACAUCAUUUGCAAGUCUUAUGUUCUGCACACAGUUAAACAAUACAGAGCUUUUAAAUGGGAAACAGGAGAUCAACUCGCCUCCACUCUUAGAUCAUGCCGAUGUAGAAAUCACAAACACAUCCUCAAAAAAUAUGGGAGUUACUAAUGUGGCCCUGCUAGUACCACUGGUGCAUAUCAGAGACAUUGGAAAACAGAGCACCAUCAGUGCCACAUUACUUGGGAGCCAGCUAGGCCUAAGAGGUGCUGCUGGAAAAGAGUUACUAAACAUAUCACUAUUCUUGCAUCUACAAACCCAGAUAUCAAACGCUGAUUCUAACUCUGACCUUGUCCAAACAUUAUCCAAUAAUGUUGACACAAAGCCCGGGGCUUCCAUGUCCUGUCUGAGGAUUACCGCCCCAGCUCACGUUCUACCUCAAACUCCGUCACCACCAGAAUGCUCUCUUCAUGACCACCUGGAGAAGAUAAUGCCACCUGUCAGGGCAUUUGCUAUAGAGUCAUACAAGCAAAGUUCCCAUAAUGCAGCACCAUGCCUCAGCUUGGAGUACACACCUGACCCCAAACUGACUGUUCUACUUACUCAGGAAGAGAAAGCCCUAGCUAGGCUUCACCUGAUGUUGGCCAGCAUCAUGUUAUUAGCUCUGUGUGCCUUAAUGUGCACCACUGGGACUCUUACCUGCACCAGAUCAUGCUGUCUUCUUGCCAGCAAUCUCCAAAUCCAAAAGGUGAUGAGGAUCAACCAACUAACCUGAAUUAAUGUUUCUUACAUGUUACUGUGUUUAAUGUAUCUUUUACUUGUCUGAAUGAUUUAUGUACAUCCUUCACUGAAAUCCAUGUAUCCUACAGGAUACUUUACUAGGAUCCUGAGUACCUGCACUAGAUCAUGAGCAGCACAAGAUUAUCUACAAGAUAAUCAUGGACAAAAUGUAUGAACAAAAUACCUUCGUUCUUCUGUCUUUCUCCAGUCUUUGAUAAAAACUGAAGUGUGUGAUAGCCUGCAAGAUUGUACAUUAUCAAAAUGGAGAAGUGUAGCUACUAGUUGCAUUUAAAAGUUUCCACCGGACGUCUGUAAACUGCUGUCUUUUCUUUGUUCAGUUUGCCUAGCUAAAAUGCAGAAAAUGUGAAAACAGGAUUUCAUUUUUUGUGUUAAAGUUACUCACGUAAUUAUGCACAACUCUCACCUUUUGUGUACUAUGAAGCAAGGCAAACAAAAUAAAAACGCACAUUUGUGAAUUUCAGAUUUCAGUUUUGGUACAGUAGUUUGCAUCGUCUCUGAAACUUUUCGGUCCAACGACUUUCAGAAAGCGGUGAGGUUUCUGAACACCUGUGUAUUUCACAAAAAAAACCUAUUCGUACGCGAUCGUGUUUACCCUGUGGACUUCUGUGGGACGUCAUUUUCAAUUUCUGUACCGUAUAAAGCUCAUAAAAGAACACGUGAUGCUUGUAGUUAGCUGUGUUUCAAUGAACGGGCCAGGGUCAAUUGAAGGUCCCUACCACACACGUCCUCCUCAUUAAUAACGAUACAACAACCAAUAUUUAGAUAUGACACAGUGCUAUGCCAAAACAUGCACGUUAUACUAAAAUUGAAAGCGGUCGAAUCGCUUUGUAUUGUAGCUACAAUACUGAAUUGUUGCCUCUUGCUCAAUAACGUUAGCUUCACUGAAUCGCGAAAAUAAAUCUACACAAUAAGCAAGUGUUUGUAAUCUAGCUACAGUGUAGUUAACAAAGGCUAUUCUUAUUGCUGUAGAAAAAAAA